CAUUAAACAGAACAACAAAUCCUUUUCUCCCAGACUCCCACCGAUCACCACCGCCGCCACCACCACCACCACCGGAGUUAUGGAUUCUCAAUCUCAUCAUCAAGCCCAAGUGUUUAGAUCUGACUUCCUUCGUCUUCUCCACACUCGUCGAUCACAAGAAGUUCCACUAAUUGCGGAUUCUUCUAAUCCUGUGGAGAACCCUCUCUUUCAAUCCGAUGUUCCUUCUACAACAGCAAUAGAGUCUUGUCCUAAAGAAGACAUUGGUGAUUUAAACGAAAUGCUUAAAGAAGAAAACCUUCAUUUGCACACUGAGGAUGCAGAGCAAGGGAGAUUGCCUUUGCUUAUAUUAAGCUUGAAGGAGAGGAGUGAAGAAAGAAAGCCAGCGAUUGUGUUUAUGCAUGGCACAAACACAAACAAAGAAUGGUUAAGGCCAUGGCUUCAAGCAUAUGCUUCGAGGGGAUAUGUAGCCAUCGGUUUAGACUCUCGCUACCACGGGGAACGAGCUGACAGCAAAACUGCUUAUCGAGAUGCUCUUAUAGCAUCUUGGAGAAAUGGAAACACAAUGCCUUUUAUCUUUGAUACUGUCUGGGAUUUGAUCAAAUUAGCUGAAUAUCUUACUCAGCGGGAUGAUAUAGACCCAACGAGGAUAGGAAUCACCGGUAUUUCGCUAGGAGGGAUGCAUGCUUGGUUUGCUGCUGCAGCUGACACCCGAUAUUCCGUGGUUGCCCCUUUAAUCGGUGUCCAGGGAUUUAGAUGGGCAAUCGAAAAUGAUGAGUGGGAAGCAAGAGUCAAUAGUAUAAAACCUUUAUUUGAAGAAGCAAGGAUUGAUCUAGGAAAGAAUGUAAUCGACAAAGAAGUUGUCGAGAAGGUGUGGAACAGAAUAGCUCCCGGCCUAGCUUCUAAGUUUGAUUCGCCUUACUCAUUACCAGUGAUUGCUCCACGGCCUCUUUACAUCCUUAACGGCGCAAAGGAUCCUCGCUGCCCUCUUGGCGGACUAGAAGUUCCUUUAAAGAGAGCUGAGAAGGUGUAUAAGGAAACUGCUUCUCCUGGAAAUGUUAAGUUCAGAGCAGAAGAAGGAGUUGGACACGAAGUGACGAGCUUUAUGAUCAAAGAAUCAUCAGACUGGUUUGACAAAUUCCUUAAACAAGGAGAUACGACUUGCGAAUAAACCGAUGGACAUGUCCGAUUGUAAUAUUGGUAAAACUGUAAACUAAUAAGAGGAAACAUCUCCUUAUAAACUUACAAAUGUGAAACUUAAAAAUAAUGUAUUCACUCUCGCAAAUCAUUAUCACUACAGAAA